UGUGCGAGGAGGCGAGCGAUAAUACAACUCCACGACAAGAUUCUGAUUCAAUUCAAGCUUGAUCUACGCGUCGGAAGGCUAUAUGCUUUCUAUUUUAUCGUGUCUUUAAUUGUCCUGCCCGAGUUUGGACUUUGAAUCGCGCGUUGGUUCCCAUUUUCCCCACACACAUCAUCCCCAUCGGUCUCCAGACUCACUCAUUUAAUCCGCAACGACUCGAAGGCAACGUUCGGAACCUCAAGGGCGAUACUCUGGCGAUCAACAGAGAUCAUACUUUUAGAAUAUCGAUCGUACACCCUCUGCGCGAAGCUGGAGUUGUGUUCGCGCAUACUUCACGCCCCCAACACGCCCGUUACCUUUCGCGUCUGGAACAAAUUACCUCAGACAUAUCGUUCAUAGCCACAAUAGUACCAUCCACGGAUGACAAGAAAAACAUAGAAGAUGGCUGCAGCGGUGCUCAUGGAGGAGGAGCUCCAGCAUAGCAUGGCGACUUCGGAGGAAGAUGCUGAGUUCGAGGAGGACGACGAGUUAGCAGCAGACAUACUAGCAGAACAGGAUGCUGAGUUUGAGGCAAAUAACCAACUUCAUAAUGGAAUGUUAGGAGAGCCAAGUGAAGACGGAGUAGAAGAAGACGAAGAGAUGCUUUCAGACGAAAAUGCUGAAGGAGAGGACGAGGACGAGAUGGCCGAUUCGGCGCUCAAUAAUGGCGAAGAUAGUGAGGAAGAGGAAGAAGACGAAGAUGCUGAAGGCGUAGGAGCUGUGAAAAUACAACCUGGUCUUUUGGAAGACGAUGAAGAAGAUGCAGAGUCGGGGUCGGAUGACGACGAUGAUCCUAGUGUUGCCAGUGUGGAGGACGACGAUGAAUCGAAGGCUUCAAGUGAUGUGGAAGUGGAGGGUGAGUGGGAAGCUGCUGCUGAAGAAGAUGAAGAAGAACCUGCGAAUCCCAACCGGUGCAUUUUCUGUCAGCAGGAUGAGGAAAACGAUCCUAGUGAGGAGUUCGAGUUGUAUCUGGCUUGUGGUGUUUGCGGCGACAAUGCUCAUCGGCAAUGUGCCCGUAACGCCGAAGCUCUCAAAAACGACGAAGAUGCGGAGAAUUGGUAUUGUCCAGGUUGUGUGGAAAACAAACUUGUGCCCGCAGACGCCGACGCAGAUCCAGAAGCAGAAGUUGGAGAACCUCUUGACCCAGCAGCUCGACGCAUAUCACGAGACAGAAUUGCUGGUGAUCUUCUUCCGCCUCAGCGCGCCAUCAAGCCGGAUUCGCAUUCAGUCUUCAACCAAUUAAUCGCCCCGGACGAUCCAAUGGACGGUUCACGACUUCUACGGAAACGAAAAACUUCUUCUGGAGACGCAGAACCGGAAGAGACUCCUGCGCCAAGAGCACGAACGCGUGACAAGGGGGGCAGCUCCAGCCAACCUAAGGCACUCAAUGUUGAUGGACAGAUUGCGGACCCAGAUCGAAUGGAUGUCGAUCAAUCAGAGAAAACCAAUGGUCUUCUGACAAAUGGCAAUAGCAAAAAGGAAGCUCCGAUAAGCCCACGGGCGUCGAGAUCACUGCGACCAAAGUCUGCUACACCUCACGUCAAAGUCCUGGAAAAAUCAUCUACGAGCAUCAAGAUACAAUUUCGUCUUGACUCAGUGGAGCUUCGUCGCGUCCUGUCGCAGCCUCCCAAGCCAAAGAAGAAAAGCCGAGCAACAUCGACAGCACGCUCAACAACAGCGCCAUCUACCUUUGUUCCCACCAGCUACUCUCAACCGUUCUAUUCCCUCCACGAUAAAGAAAUCGACGAACUUAAGUCGAAACCCUAUGGUGGCAUCUUGAAGGAGGCGGAAGCAGAUACUUCGUUGACAUUACCUAAGCCAGAACACCGUCGUCACUUUGACGAAGCAAGACAAAAGGCUGAAGAAGAUUGGAAAGCUCGUGUAGCGGCCGCUGCUGAAGCAGCUGCGGCCUCUGGCAUCAAGAAAGCUCGCAAGGUCUCGGGUCCUGCAAGUCAGAUUGAAUACAUCGAAUUUGGGCAAUAUCAAAUCGACAUCUGGUAUGCAGCCCCAUAUCCAGAGGAAUACAGUCGAAACAAAGCACUCUUCAUUUGCGAAUUCUGUCUGAAAUACAUGGAAUCAGACAUUGUUGCCUGGAGACAUAAGACGAAAUGCCCUUGGAAGCAUCCUCCUGGUGACGAGAUAUACCGCGAUGGCAAAAUCAUGAUAUUUGAGGUCGACGGCCGCAAGAACCCGUUGUAUUGUCAAAAUCUUUGUCUUCUGGCAAAAUUGUUCUUGGGUUCGAAGACACUCUACUAUGAUGUAGAGCCAUUCCUGUUCUAUGUCAUGACAGAAUACGACGAACUGGGUUGUCACUUUGUCGGAUAUUUCUCAAAGGAAAAGCGCCCAAGCAGUCUGAACAAUGUUUCAUGUAUCCUGGUACUUCCAAUACACCAACGAAAAGGUUACGGUCACUUGCUCAUCGACUUCUCCUACCUCUUGACCAGAGUCGAAAAGAAGACUGGCUCACCGGAGAAACCUCUCUCUGAUAUGGGACUAGUGUCAUAUCGAAAUUACUGGCGACUGGUACUAUGCUAUUACCUCAAGGACUUUAAGCCUGGAGACAAGAUACCCAGCAUCAGGAAAAUUUCGGAUGAUAUGGGUCUGACCCCUGACGACGUGAUCUCUGCACUAGAUGCUCUACAGGCUUUGAUACGUGAUCCUACUACCGGUACGUACGCGUUGAAGCUUAAGACAGACUACUACCGCGAGGUGAUUCGACAACACGAGUCAAAGGAUUACGCGAAACUCAAUCCGAAAGGUCUAGUAUGGACACCUUACAUUAUGGGACGAGGAAAUGCUUCAACAUUCGAGCAUGGCCCACCUCUCAAUACUGUCGCACCGCGUGAGGAAGACGAGGAAGAAGAGUUGAGCCCGUCAGACACGAAGCUAUCGAAAACCAGCAAGCGUGAUUUCGACAGUUUUGUCAAUGGCGAUGCCGAGGCCGCUACCAAAUCUCUCGGCAAGCUGACUACAGAAACCGGAGAGCUAAUCAAAUUCGGCACACCAAAUGGUGAUUCCGCCGGAUCUCCCUCCAAGUCAAAGGUCAAUGGUAUCUCUAAGAAGCUCUCAUACUUUGAAGCCGCUGGUACAAUCCCCGCUACACGCUUCGAAGUGUUUCCACCAGCUCCUGGCUCCAAGAAUCGUGCCACACCUCGGACAGUUCUCUCACGGCCUCCUCCAUCACGGUCAAAGUCAUCGUCCUCCGCUCGACCCAAGCCCCGACGUUCCACAGGUAGCUCUUCGCGGCGCAGCUCGGCUGCUCGACCCAAGAGCGGUUCCUCCAGACGGAAAAGCGGUGGCACAGGCCGUGGGCCAGGUCGGUGGCCGAAAGGGACUAAGAAGUCUGACUUUGGCAAUGCUGAUAGUGGUCCAGGGUUACCACCAAGAUUACUAAAGCAGAGAAGUAAGCUUGGGAAUGAGGUCCUCCUUGGUGACGAAGAAGAGGAAGAGGAGGAGGAGGAAGAAGACGUCGAGGAUGAAUUCGAAGACGGCAGUGACGAAGGAGAGGAAGGAGUCGCUGAGGAUGCCAUCGUCUACGAGACUACGCCUUCGUUGAAGAAGAGACGCGAUCGAGAUUUGCGCGGCAAAGGACAGGGACUUGGCAAGCCUCCGUUGCAAGGCAAGCCAGGCUUCGGAAAGGGCAAGGGAUUCCUGACGGCAGAUGACGAAGAUGAAGAGAUGUUAGAUGCUCCGGAGAUCUCGGGAGAUAUCGAAGUAGAUGCUGAAGGAGAGGAUGACGAGUAAGGAUAUUCAUUCGAGCUAUGUUUCAAACAGAGGAGAGGGCGACCAUGGCGUUUGGGUAAUUUUCUCAGCAUGUGAGAUGCAUUCCUAGGGUUAGGAUGGCGUGUUGGGCGAAUUACUUUGGCAUCAAUUGGAGGACUGGGACGAGUAUCUGUCUGUGUACAUGUACAACAAGUAUCACGGUAAAGGCUAGCCAUUUACCUGUUUGCGCUCAGUUUGAGUAAUAUCCUAGUCGAUACCCUCAAAAAUUCUCUUCAACAAAAUGUACUCUAAUUGUGAUGUGAAAGC